AUGAAAGUUUUCAUCGUUUCUUUUGUUAUUCUUACUGUAGCUUUGGCUACAGAAUUCGACGUUUCUGGAUCUAUAUCCUGCGAUUCAAAAAAGAAAUGGUGUUAUACGGUUGAACUGUUGGAAUCGGAUUAUUUGGAUAACGACUACAUGAACCAUAGCACAAAGUGUGUGGAGCCCGGCACUGAGUCAUAUCAAGAGUCAUAUCAUAUUAAUGGAACUCAGAAGGACGAUGGGCUUUGGGAUUAUUACUUUGAGAUAUUCGUUGAUUUUUCUCAUAAUUGUACAGGCAUCCAGGAAUCUUUCUACCAUGAAGUGGCAAUUGUACCAAUUACGGAAAAGUAUGUGACUUAA